CCCAAAUGUUGAAAGCCGUGCAUUGUUAAUUACUUCAGUGACCACACGCAAAUAUCUACAAACAAUUGGCUUCCUAGUAACCUUCUGCAAAAUGUGAUGCAAUCCUUUGUCGAUCCUCUUGGCAGGGUAGGGGCACAUACCAAGUAUAAAUAACUAAUGCUUCGUACCCCAAACCAACAGAAACAUCCCAAACAUCACUCACUAAACAAUAUGAAAUUCCCGAUAUUUUUCGUUUUCACUUUCGUGAUCCUGGCUUCGGUCUUUGCCGAAGAAGCUGAAGAGGUUGAUCCUAAAAAGACUGUAAAGCGAGGUGUGCUGGGUGGUUAUAGCGGCUACGGAGGAUACGGUGGUUUGGGUUACGGCGGAGGUCUAGGACACGGUGUUGGAUAUUAUAGUAGUCCUGUGAUCAGUAAGACCAUCUACACUGGACACGGAGGUUACGGUCAUGGAGGAUAUGGACAUGGAGGUUAUGGACAUGGAGGUUUAGGUAUAGGACACGGUGGUUUUGGAUAUGGAAUCGGAGGAAUCGGUGGACAUUACGGAGGUUACGGCGGUCUCGGUGGAAUCCACGAUGGAGGAUAUUACGGAGGACUUGGCGGAGGAUAUGGAGGAUACUAUCCAGCUUACAGCUAUUCCAACAGCUACUUGGGUCAUGGAGGAGGAUAUGGUGGAUUCAAACAUGGAUACUACUAA